AUGCGUUUCGUGUGUCUGCAUGGCUCAGUGAGCAGUAGCUCUAAAUUGGAAGCGAUGCUAGCGCCAUUUCAACAAAAUUUGACCGCCGACAACGCUGCUUCAUUCGAUUAUAUUGAAGCGAAGACACCAAGCACUGCGCCCCCAGAACUCUUGGGUUUCUUUGGUCCCCCGCCACACUACCGCUGGCUUGACUACGAGGGCAUUGGAACGGAACAACUGCACGAGACAGCCCGCACCGCAAUCGAUAAUUCAGAUCUUCCUGCAGAAGAGCGCCUGCGGAAGAAAAUUCCUUGUGAUUUCAAUUGGGUUAAUUAUAAUGAUCUCAUGGAGCAAAUCGACAAGCACCUUGAGGCGAACCCUGACAUCGAGGGUUUCGUUGCUUACAGUGAAGGAACGAGUAUUGCAGCGACGUAUCUGCUGUACGAACAAAAGAUGGAGCAAGAGCACGGUCGCCCUCGACGGAUAAAAUGUGCCGUGUUUUUCGCGGGCGUGCCUCCAAUUGAUGAAAAGAACGGAUACGUAUUCGCUGAUGAGCGAGAGGAUAUGAUUGACAUUCCGUCACUGCACGUCAUUGGCGCAGCCGACCCUUACCGCUGCGCUGCUGAUUCGCUAUACAACCUCUGUGACCCUGAUAUGGCUCAUUUCUUCGACACCGGCAAGGGACAUACUAUUCCCCGCGGAGAACCGAUCAUUAGCGAGCUUGGAAAUGCGGUUCGAGAAAUGAUCGCGAAGGCCAAGGAAGAGUGA